AUGCCCACUUAUGUGAAAUUCAUGAAAGAAAUUCUUUCAAGAAAAAGGAAGCUAGAAGAGUUUGAGACUGUUGCUCUUACACAAGAGAGCAGUCAAUAUUUGCUUAGUAAGAUACCUCCUAAACUAGGAGACCCACAAAGUUUUACAAUCUCAUGUACCAUAGGAGACCAUUACAUAGGCAGGACAUUGUGUGAUUUAGGUGCUAGUAUCAAUUUAAUGCCUUUGAGUGUGUACAAAAAACUGAAAGUAGGAGAGCCUAAUCCUAACACUAUCACUUUACAGUUGGCUGAUAGGUCCCUAGUUUAUCCUGAAGGGAAGUAG